AUGGAAGACUCGACCCCCCUGAAACAAAAAAUAGAACACCAAGAACUUGGGGAAACAGGGCGGCCGUGGGAAGAAAUGGUAGCAACCUCCCAAGAUCCUGAACCUGGGUUAUCCGAGGCCUCAGAGUCGGAGCAGGGGCCGGAAACUGGACCCCAGCCCAGGAGCAGCCCUCCUGGGAUCCCCCAAUCUGGAGCCAGCACGCCUGUGGAUGACCUCGUAGGACCAGGUGUGUCAUCUCCACCUUCCCCAUCUCAGGAGCCCUCUUCUACUCCUUCUCCCCUGGCUCUGGCCGUGCAGGACCUUAUGGCACCAUGGCAGUCAGACAAGACCACUAGUGUGAUUUCUGAAGCUGGGACACCUCACUUUGACCAUUUGGAACAGUCAUCUGAUAAAGCAGAAUCAACCCCUCAUCAAACAUGCCAAUCAGAGGGAAACACUUUUCAUCAAUCUCAGCAAACCAAAUGUCACCUGUAUGGACCGAGGGAUGUGAGCUACAACAACUCUAAACGGAAAGAGCUGAGAUUUGACAUUUUUCAAGAAGAAGACUCAAACAGUAACUAUGAUCUGGCUCAGCCUGAGUCUGGGGCUUCUGAAGGGGCCCCCAGCGUGCUUGAGAUUGCCAUUGAGAAUGCUAAGGCUUACCUACUAAAGUCCAGUAGCAAGUCGGGCUUAAAUCUAUAUGAUCAUCUUUCUGAAAUGCUGACCAAGGUCUUAGAUAAGCGUCCUGAAAAUGCUGUGGACAUCAUUGAAAAUGUUAGCCAAGAUGUGAAGAUGGAACAUUUUAGUAAAAAACUGGAUACACUCCAAAAUGAGAAUGAGAUGCUUCCAACCUAUGAAAUAGCAGAGGAGCAAAAAGCUCUUUUUCUCCAGGGAAAUUUAGAAGGAGCUGACCAAGAAAUGGAAGAUGAAAUAGCAGAACACUCUCUUCCAAAUGUAAUGGAAUCAGCUUUUUAUUUUGAACAAGCUGGAGUUGGUUUGGGCACAGAUGAGACUUAUCGCAUAUUUCUUGCCCUCAAGCAGCUUACUGACACCCACCCAAUCCAAAAAUGUCGUUUCUGGGGUAAGAUCUUAGGUCUGGAAAUGAAUUAUAUUGUAGCUGAAGUGGAAUUCCAUGAGGGAGAAGAUGAAGAGGAGGUGGAAGAGGAAGAUGUACCUGAAGAGAGGGACAAUGGAGACAGUGAAGCUGAUGAAGAUGAAUUACCAAGGUCCUUUUACAAGGCCCCACAGGCUAUUCCAAAGGAAGAAAGCAGAACAGGUGCCAACAAAUAUGUCUAUUUUGUUUGCAAUGAACCAGGAAGACCAUGGGUGAAGUUACCAGCAGUUACACCUGCACAAAUUGUUAUUGCAAGAAAAAUCAAGAAAUUUUUCACUGGGCGAUUGGAUACCCCCAUCAUAAGCUACCCACCCUUCCCAGGAAAUGAGAGUAAUUACUUACGAGCACAAAUUGCCAGAAUUUCAGCAGGGACUCAUGUCAGCCCUCUAGGAUUCUAUCAUUUUGGUGAAGAAGAAGAAGAGGAGGAAGAAACAGAAGGCAGGCGAGAUAGCUUUGAAGAAAACCCUGAUUUUGAAGGCAUCCAAGUGAUUGAUCUAGUGGAAUCCCUAUCCAAUUGGGUUCAUCAUGUACAACAUAUACUCCCUCAGGGUCGCUGUAAUUGGUUCAACCCCAUACAAAAAAGUGAGGAGGAAGAAGAAGCAGAAGAAGAAGAAGAAGAAGAAGAAGAAGAAAGAGAAGAGCCUGACUACGUAGAACAGGAAGUAGGGCCUCCUCUCUUGACACCAAUCUCUGAAGAUUUAGAGAUCCAGAAUACACCGCCUUGGACAGCACGGUUAUCCUCAAAUCUCAUUCCUCAAUAUGCUAUUGCAGUCCUUAGAUCCAACCUUUGGACUGGAGCAUAUGCCUUUUCCAAUGGCAAAAAGUUUGAAAAUUUCUACAUAGGCUGGGGUCAUAAAUAUAGUCCAGACAGCUAUACACCUCCAGUUCCACCACCAGUUUAUCAAGAGUACCCCAGUGGACCAGAAAUUACAGAAAUGGAUGACCCUAGUGUGGAAGAGGAGCAGGCUUUCAGGGCUGCACAAGAAGCAGCUGUAAAUUCAACAGAGGAAAAUGAAGAAACUGAGGAAGAUGAAGAUGAGGAAGAUGAUUAUGACUAAUAAAAGUAAA